UGGUGGACGACAAAGCAGGGCUGAGGUUGUGUGCAUUUUGAAGCGCAGAAAAUGGCUUCCAUGGCGUCGCCAUAUUCUCACUCUCUAACCUCCAUCUACAACAAGAAAAGAUUCUCUUAUUACAAUGUUUCUUCUUCCUCCUCUCGCAUAUUCAGUUGCCAGAAGCUGCCCCAACAAGAAGAAGAUAGUUGUCUUCCCCAAAUGGGUCGCAGGGAGAUGAUACUGAGGAGCAGUGAAAUUGCAGUUCUUGGAGCCAUUUUCAGCUUCAGUGGGACUAAGCCAAACUACUUGGGAGUGCAGAAGAGUCCUCUUGGCUUAGCGCUAUGUCCGGCCACCAACAACUGCAUUUCCACUUCUGAGAACAUCAGUGAUCUCACUCACUAUGCCCCUCCAUGGAACUACAACCCUGAAGAAAAACGUGGUAAAGUGAGCAGAGAAAAGGCAAUGAAAGAGCUUCUUGAAGUGAUCAAAUCCACAAAACCAGACAAGUCCACGCCAAAGAUUGUGGAGGAGAAAGAUGACUAUGUGCGUGUAGAAUAUGAAAGUCCUAUUCUUGGGUUUGUGGAUGAUGUUGAGUUCUGGUUCCCACCUGGCAAGAAACCCCUGGUUCAAUACAGGUCUGCUUCGCGUAAGGGAAGCUAUGACUUUGAUGCAAAUCGGAAGAGAAUCAAGGCUCUUAGAUUGGCAUUGGAGAAGAAAGGAUGGUCAUCAGAAGAGACUGUUUGAGGAAUUUUGAUGAAUGCUGGUAGCCAUGAGGAGGAAUCACGGACAAGAUCUGAUCUACAGUUUCUAAUGAAAACAGAAGACUGAUUCGUAAAUGUAAUUUUGCAAUUUCCCACAUAAACACAAUGAUUUGUUCUACAGACAGAACUAAUGACUGUUGAUUUUAAACUUUCUUCAAAUACAUACAUGCUAAUGUUUUGUCUAACACAACCUAAGAUGUAAAUGAAGUGUGUUUUUU